CCAGGAAUCCUCAGUCAGGUAAGUUAACGGAUGUUAAUCCAAAAGGUUUAUGGAAGAGAUACUCAUUUACAGGUAUAUGAUUUUACCAAUUGGGUAACAUAUCGUGAGGCUCUACAACCAAAUGGUGGAGUGUAUCCCAGACCUCCUACACUCACUGAUCUGGCCAGGGCCUUUCUUAUUCUUUUUUCAGUGCUAUAAUUCUUUCGCUGUGUGUGUGUGUCAGAUACCCAGCCACUGUAGUAUCAGUUAUGUAAUCCUGUUACACCCCACAACAGGAAGUGAUCUGGAAUCCUCUAAAAGGGCCAGCCAUGCCAUGGUGGAACAACCUGAUACAAUGACUGGAAAGGAGAUCGCAUUGCUAGAAGUGCGGAAAGAGAACUAUCUUGUUAACCACUACCAGAUUUUUGAAGCAUGCUUAGAAGAAACAUCUACAGAACUUGUGCCUCUGGGGAAAGCCACACUCUUAUCAUCAUCAUUUCAAAGUGUAGAUUGCCCACGUCUUCCUCCAGUUGGUGCUGGCACGAGGUCAGAAAGAGUGCCUCAGCAACAUCGAGGACUGCCUGAAGGAGAGGCCCCUCCCUCUUCAACUGUCAUCUCGGCCUCAGAGGGAGCCAUCAGGCAGACCCAGCAACAUCGGGGACUGCUGAAGGAAGAGGCCCUUCCUCUCAACUGGGAAGACCAGGAAAGAAUUGAUGACAUUCCAGAAGAAUUUGAUGUUAUAUUUGCAAAAAGCCUUAUGUCAAUUCAGUUGUAG